CUGCUGUCCGCCCCGCCCCUCUCCCCGUGGCCUCCGGGACGCGGCGUUGUACGAGCGGGACAUGGUACUGUCCGAGCUGGCGGCGCGCCUCAACUGCGCUGAGUACAAGAACUGGGUGAAGGCCGGCCACUGCCUGCUGCUGCUGCGCGGCUGCCUGCAGGGCUUUGUCGGCCGCGAGGUGCUCGCCUUCCAUCGCGGCCUGCUCGCCGCCGCCCCUAGCCUGGGUCCCCGCGCCGCCUGCCGCAGCGGCUCCCGGUGCAGCCCGCGCGCCCGCCAGUUUCAGCCUCAGUGUCAGGUGUGCGCAGAGUGGAAACGGGAGAUUUUGAAACAUCACACCAACAGAAACGGAGACAUCCACUGGGGAAACUGCCGACCGGGCCGCUGGCCGGUCGACGCCUGGGAGGUGGCUAAGGCCUUCAUGCCCCGAGGACUGGCAGACAAAACAGGACCCGAGGAAUGUGAUGCGGUUGCCCUUUUAAGUCUUCUCAACUGCUGCGAUCACUUCGUGGUUGAUCGAAAGAAAGUCACGGAGGUGAUUAAGUGUCGUAAUGAGAUCAUGCACUCUUCAGAGAUGAAAGUGUCUUCUAUGUGGCUUCGAGAUUUUCAGGUGAAGAUCCAAAAUUUUCUGAAUGAAUUCAAGAAUAUCCCAGAGAUUGUGGCCGUUUACUCCCGAAUAGAACAGCUGUUGACAUCUGACUGGGCAGUUCACAUCCCUGAAGAAGAUCAGCCAGAUGGGUGUGAACAUGAAGCAGGAGUUUACCUGAGUGAGAGCCAAGUAAAGGAGACAGAGAUGGAAUUACUAAAGGAAAAACUUCAAGAGCUGUAUCUCCAAGCCAAAGAACAAGAGAUGUUGCCUGAAGAGAUCUUAAAUCAACUGGAAGUGGUGAAAGAAUUUCUGAGAAACAAUGAAGAUCUUAGAAAUGGUCUUACAGAAGACAUGCAGAAGCUUGACAGCCUGUAUCAACAGCCUCCAAAAACGGAUUCAAAGGAACCCGGGGCACAAACAUCUGAAGGGAAGGCCUGAUGUUGAGCUUCAACAAAAAUCAGGCAUGUUCCAUGACGGUCAGCCCAGCUUUCGUCUCAGUCAUCCUUUUCUGUGCAAAAGGAAAAACUUACCAGUGAACUCCAACCAAACAAAGAGGGAUUCAUGUUGUGUUUUCCUGGACUUGCCUUUGACUAUUUGGGAGUAUUUUUUUUAUAUUCAUAAGCUCAUUGGUAUGUGAUCUGUACCGACCAAAAAAUAUUAGAUACUCUUGUGCCAGACUUGCAA